CGAAGCCUGCCCCACAGCCUUCAGCCCCCAAGCUCGGGAAACACCUCCAAGAGCUGCUACCGCCUCCCUGAGGGACUACACUUCCCAGCGUUCCCAGCGCACUCCCGGGCGCCUCCUCUCCUGCCGUUAACCCUUUAGUGGCUGCGGUGGCGGGAGCAGAACUGAGUGCCGUUCCGGGGGUGGGGGCGUGCAGGAUCGAGGUGCGGGGGUGCGCUGUUGGGCAAAGGAGAGGAUGGACUUUGGAGGUCCCUGAGGAGAAGAGGAGCCAGGAUUAACCGAGGACAGGGUCUCAGCGGGAGCAUGGGGAGGGCGGGCCCUAGAGCGCGGCUCCUCCCCAACACUAGGAAUCUGGAGCCUUAGGUUCUCCCUCAAAACAAGCCCUGCGGUCCCCAGGCCCGCGUCGGCGCCCAGGUGCGGAGACAGCGAGGUACAGGCGUUUCCCGUCGCUAAGUGCCCCCUUCCACUCGAGGUACACCUUCGUGUCCCAUCUGGAACCGCCCGGCGACAGAGGCAAAGCGGGGAGGGCGAAGGGCUCCGCCACCCUCGCUCAGGAUGCCCGAGGGCCCGGAGGUGCACCUGGCCAGCCAGUUUGUGAACGAGGCCUGCAGGGUGCUGGUGUUCGGAGGCUGCGUGGAGAAGUCCUCCGUCAGCCGCAACCCUGAGGUGCCCUUUGAGAGCAGCGCCUACCGCAUCUCGGCUUCUGCCCGCGGCAAGGAGCUGCGCCUGACUCUCAGCCCGCUGCCUGGGGCCCAGCCCCCCCAGGAGCCGCUGGCCCUGGUCUUCCGCUUCGGCAUGUCCGGCUCCUUCCAGCUGGUUCCCCGGGAGGAGCUGCCACGCCACGCCCACCUGCGCUUUUACACGGCUCCGCCCGGCCCCCAGCUCGCCCUAUGUUUCGUGGACAUUCGCCGGUUCGGUCACUGGGAUCUUGGAGGCAACUGGCAGCCGGGCCGCGGGCCCUGCGUCUUGCAGGAGUACGAGCAGUUCAGGGAGAAUGUGCUACGAAACCUAUCGGACAAGGCCUUCGACUGGCCCAUCUGCGAGGCCCUCCUGGACCAGAGGUUCUUCAAUGGCAUUGGCAACUAUCUGCGGGCAGAGAUCCUGUACCGGCUGAAGAUCCCGCCCUUUGAGAAGGCCCGCUCGGUCCUGGAGGCCCUGCAGCAGCGAAGGCCGAGCCCGGAGCUGACACUGAGCCAGAAGAUCAAGGCCAAGCUGCAGAACCCCGACCUGCUGGAGCUGUGCCACUCAGUGCCCAAGGAAGUGGUCCGGCUGGGGGGCAAAGGCUACGGGUCAGAGAGCGGGGAGGAGGACUUUGCCGCCUUUCGCGCCUGGCUGCGGUGCUAUGGCAUGCCGGGCAUGAGCUCCCUGCAGGACCGGCAUGGCCGCACCAUCUGGUUCCAGGGGGAUCCUGGACCCUUGGCACCCAAAGGGCGGAAGUCCCGUAAAAAGAAAUCCAAGGCCAGGCAGCCGAGUCCUGAGGACAGAGUGGAGGACCCUCCACCUCCAAGCAAGGCCCCUUCCAGGACACGAACGGCAAAGAGACACCUUCCUGAGAGAACUGCGACCCAGCGGCCUGCGGCGACCAGCUUCCGGCAGGACCCAGCAGCUCCCAAAAUCCCCAAGAAGGGGAGGAGGAAGGGACGACAGGCAGCCUCUGGCCCGCGCAGACCCCGGAAGGCCAAGGCUGACACCCCAUCCUUGGAACUGGAGGGGCCCUCAGCCUCUUAGCAGGAGGGUCUCCGCGUUUGUACCCACCCUUCUUGUUGCCUUGCCCCGUAUCUGGGGGUCUGU